UUUAAAUGACACGAGAAAAGUGAAAGGGAGACCUGAAAGUGGGAAAUUCCUCUCAAAUAGAAAGAAUGGAGGGCCAUCCUGUAUAAGUAGUCCACACUCAAGGAGGAAGGACAUUCACUCUGCAAACUCUUGAAGACUCAGCUUCAGGACCUUCUAGCAGAACGGGCAGCCCUGGGUCUGAUUUCACCAUGACCUACCGGUGCCUCCUCCAGAUGGUUCUCCUGCUGUGUCUCUCCACCACAGCUCUUUCCAGGAGCUACAGCUUGCUUCGAUUCCAACAAGGACGGAGCCUUGAGGUGUGCCAGAACCUCCUGUGGCAGUUACCUUCAACUCCUCAGCAUUGCCUCGAGUUCAGGAUGGACUUCCAGAUGCCUGAGGAGAUGAAGCAAGCACAGCAGUUCCGGAAGGAAGAUGCCGUAUUGGUCAUGUAUGAGAUGCUCCAGCAGAUCUUCUAUAUUCUCACCAGAGACUUCUCCAGCACUGGCUGGUCUGACGCCAUCAUUGAGCACCUCCUUGAGGAACUCUAUGGGCAGAUGAAUCGUCUGGAGCCAAUCCGGAAGGAAAUAAUGCAGAAGCAAAACUCCACUAUGGGAGACACGACCGAUCUUCACCUGAGGAAAUAUUACUUCAACCUCGUGCAGUACCUCGAGUCCAAGGAGUACAACAGGUGUGCCUGGACAGUCGUGCAAGUGCAAUUGCUCAGGAACUUUUCUUUCCUGAAGAGCCUAACAGGUUACCUCCGGGACUGAACAUCUCCCACCUGUGGCUCUGGGAAGAGACAAUGUGACUUUGAGGUGAGCCUCUUCAGCAGCAGAGGCUCUUGAAGUAAAUGACGAUGCAAUGCACUGAUUUCAAUGGACAGUUAAAGACUAAGCUAUUUUUAAAUUGAUUUAUGCAUUAUUUAUUUAUUUAAACUUUUAUAUGAGAAAUAAAUUAUUUAUGAAACAAAAGUCAAUGUUGCAGUUUCAAUGUCAAUUUGAUUUUUGUGACAACACAUAUUAAAAAUUGCAGAGCACCUUGGAGACA